AGAAUGGGGGCUCCCUUGAGAAACAGAAGCUGAUAAAAAGGGUAGAGAGAGACACAGAGAGAGAGAGAGAGAGAGAGAGAGAGAGGGAGAGCAUGGAUGUGAGGAAAAUAGUGGUGGUGGUGGAAGACGUGGACGCCGCCAGAAGUGCCCUCCAAUGGGCUCUCAACAACCUCCUCCGCUACGGCGACUUGGUCACUCUCCUCCAUGUCUUUCCCUCCUCCGCCUCCAAAAACAAACGGAAAGCUCGCCUCCUCCGCAUCAAAGGCUUCCAACUCGCCCUCUCCUUCAAAGACAUCUGCAACACCUUCCCCAACGAUAAUCGUAGGGUUGUGUUACAGACAAAGGUAGAGAUUGUUGUGACCGAGGGAGAUGAAGAGGGCAGGAAGAUUUCAGCCAUGGUGAGAGAGAUCGGAGCUUCGGUGCUUGUGGUUGGACUCCAUGAACAAAGCUUCCUUUACAAGCUGGCAAUGGCCCACGACAACAUUGGAAACAGCUUGAAUUGCAGAGUGCUUGGCGUGAAACAAGCACCUUCAUCACCGUUUGGGACGAAGACCAAUGUAGCACCGCCACUAGACAGUUCAACUAACAUGGACUUUUCUCAGAUCGAGAUUGGCAGAUUACAUGUCCCUGAGAUUCCACGACAAAAAAUUCCAUACCGAAUUUGCCCAACCCCUUCAGCAAUCAUUUGGAGGUCAAGGAAAUCAAGGAGAAGGUAAAGUUUGAUCCGGAGGCUCAAAUUUAUCUCAAAGGCUAUACAGUUCGGCGGAUUUAGCCCACUUUUCCCUCAGAGAAAAUUUUUUUGUUUUCAAAUUAUUAUCAUACGACAGAGUAAAUACAAAUGAAAAGUGGAGUUGACAUCAUAGAGUUAGUUGUUUAUGUCAUUGUCUUUAUCUUUGUAAAGUUUCUUCCUCGUUUUUAUCUCCCUCAAGCUAGACAGCGCCAUUGAAUGAUGCACUGCCGCAUUAUUAGCCUGAGAUCAUGGACGAUACCUUUGGACGAAUGCUAAUCAUCUGAGAUUCUGAGUUGCCUGCAAUAAUGGCCUUUUUAUUUUUU